CUUAACUAUAAUACCUUGUGGAUUGGUUUAGUUUCAAGCACACAAACUGGGUGACUUUAACCCUCUCAGUUCGUAAAUUGUUCCGCUAUUCACCUGAAUUUUAUUUUAUUUUGAAUAUAAUUCUGUACAGACCCGCCGCCGAGAUUGUGACGGACACAGAAGCGGUAUUGUACCUAAAUACCUACCAACCUACAUAAUUUAACAAACGACAAGUCGCGACGUACGAAGACUGAAAUACUGCGUCCAGAGAGAGCUUUAUUUUUGUAUUUUGUAUCUUUCUUGCAAACAAUAAAUUUGUUAAAAACUGAAAUUCAAAUUAAAAUAAAAACAAAAAAAAAAAACAGCAUUACGUGUAGAAUCGAUCGUCAUUAUUAUUUGUGGUAUUUACUUAGUUUUUGAAUCUCUCAGAUACGAGCACGGGCGGGCACUCAUUUGUUGCAUUCAACGCUCGCUGAUCCGGUGCGGUGUGUCUGCCUCUGUGUCACUGAUGUUGGCUUUGGCUUCAGAUCCGAAAAUAAAAAAAAUAAAUUGUUUAUAUUUAAAAAAUUGUACAUAAACUAUGCAGAGAGAGGGUGUGUUUUUGUAUUAUAAUUGAUUCUUGAUGUUACUCAUCAUCGCAUCACACUCGCAGUGUAAAUAAACAAGUUUUUUAUCUGUUGGAUGCAAACAACUCGAAGCAUGUGAAGUUUGUAUCUAAGUUUGUGAUUUAUAAGAUUGUUUAAUCCGACUGUAUAAAAAAUAUUCACAGGAAAGUGAAUACGAUAUUUUUUAAGACAAAAUAAAAAUUUUAUUUACAACAAUGUCCAAAAGUGUUAAUACAAAAUUUGCAAAAUGUUUUAUAAUAUUUAUGGCAACCGUUAUUCUGGUGCAAGGAGUUGUUUACAUUGGACUUGCGAUACAGGGGAUUAGAUUGCACAAUUGUUCGGGAGAAAACUCAGAUCCUGUUGGAAAAACAUUCGAGUUUAUAUUGAAUUUGAUAUAUUUUUCAAGUGAAGAAUGUGGAGAACCAACACUGCAUAUUCCGGAAGCAAAUCAAGAUUUAAAAUUAACAAUAGAUUUUAAAAAAGCAAAUGUUUUGAGCGAUCGAGAGUACAUAUUCUUUAUAAGUUAUGCAGUCAUAAGUGCUCUUUGGGUGAUUACGUCACUUUUAGUACUGGUGACAAUCUGCUGCACUCUGACGAAAUUAGUUGCUCUGAUAUGCUUCUGGCCAUGGUUGAUCUCUGUUAUGCUUGGAAGUAUUUUAGAUACAAUCGCUACUGGUUUUCACAUAAAAGACAUUGUCCAAACAACGUCAGCAAGUAAUACUUUUGAGUACGUCGGAGUAACAAACACCGGAGAAGCACUUGAUUAUUUCAAGGAUUAUCUUAAGGACUAUGACAUAUUUUUCAUCGUUCCAGCCGUUGUAUUCGCAUGUAUAACCUCAAGGAUUGUUCUUAUUUGGUUAUUAAAUAUCUUCGGUUCGAUCUUCUGUCUGUCUUUGGCUACAAUUUUGUCUUCAAAUAAUGAAGAAGAACAUAAACAACAACCAAGACGUCCAAGUUCGGCAGACACUGUGCUUCCAUCUGAUUCUCCGACAGAAAUAAGGGAAGAACCAAUUGGAGUACAAUUUCGUCCAUCUCCAGAAACAGUACGUAAAGUUCGCAGUACUUUGGAGCAUGUACCGACUGCUCCAUCAGUUGGAACACCAUCACCAGAACCAAUGGAACAAUAUGCCUUGCCUGUGGCUCCUCAGCAAAGUCACAAAAACUCGCGUAUCAGUAUGCCCAAGAGUCCAUCAAGCAAUCCUGCCGAAGCAUCUACUUACCAAAUAUCCGAUGCUCAUCCUGAGAAAUUAGAUUAUCCAGCACCAGCACCAAAUCGAUAUAGCACACAAACAUCACAGACAAGAUCAGUCACUCCAGAGCUUUCAGCCAUUUCACCUCUUAAUCUUCGUUAUUCCACUGUUGAUGGUGCUUCAUUAUUCCCAAAUCAACCCCACGUAAGCCAAGAGCUACGUGGUCAGCUUCCAUGGUCCUAUACAAACAUCAUGAAUGAUCCAAUCGCUCAAAAGAGAAUUCAGGCACAUUUACCGCCUGAUGAAAGUAAGGAUAACCAUGAGGACUUUCCGCCAAUUCCAGUGCCAGAUUAUACUCUGCAUCCGCCCAAAAAAGAACGAACGCCUGUGGGACAAGAGAGACUAUCCCAAACGGGAUAUUCUAGGUGGUAGUGAUGUUGUUUUGGUCCUUCGUCGUCCUCGCCAUAUUGAAUUUGUUAAUUUUUCUUAAUUUAUAUUUAAUAUUUAAUGUUAAAUGGUUAUGUAAUGAGGAGUCUUGAGUAUUUUAUAAAGGUGCUUCUUUUGAUUUGAUUUGCGUACAUAAGAUUAAGCCCUUUUGUACUUGUCCAAAGAAAACUAAAAUUAUGUAUAAAGAAUUUAUUUAA